CACUUCACCAAUGGAGACUACAGUGCUGACAUCAACUGUACCAGAAGCCACCACUUCUCCACUGCAGACCACAGAGCUCCCAUCCAGUACUGAGGCUCUAUCCAGUACACCAAUGGAGACUACAGUGCUGACAUCAACCUUACCAGAAGCUACCACUUCUCCACUGCAGACCACAGAGCUCCCAUCAAGUGCGAGAUCUUUAUCCACUUCUCCAGUAGAUACUACAGAGGCAACAUCAACCAUACAUGUUGCCUCCACUAUUCCCAUAGUGCCUGUGGAGGUCACGUCUAGUGGAGAACAUCCAUCCACUUCUGCAAUGCGUACUACUGAGUUAGCAUCAUGGUCAAUAGCUUUUUCUACUUCCCAUGGAGAGACUACUGGAUUCACAUCAGAGACAGCCACCACUUUAGAGACAGAGAGAGCCACCAAACGCAACGAAUCUGUGAUCCAGCCUGUUACCGAAAAGCCAAUCCUGCAACCGGGAGGUGUUAAGAAUGCCACAACGCCACAGGCAACUACGCCCCGUGUUGGAACAACAAGCUCUUCCGCAAAACCUCCGCUGCCUCCACUUAUACCCGCAACAGCCCGCACAACCAUCAAAAUCACCCCGGUAGUGACAACCCCCAGACAGCCGCCAGUAAUUUCCUCCACGGCAUCCCAGUUGACAACCACUCUGCCAACGCCAGCCCAAACAACAACCCCAAUUCCAGCGGUUGAACAAUUCACCCUCAAUUUCACAAUCACCAACCUGAAGUACAGGGAAGAGAUGGGAACUCACAAUUCCAAAAUAUUCAAUGCAACGGAAAGUGAUCUAAUCCGCCUGCUUGAUGGAAUUCUCCUCAACAGCAGCAUUGGCCCGGCAUAUCUGAGGUGCAGAGUGACUCAACUCAGACCGGUGAGAGAUGGGGAUGAAACCGGAAUGGACGCCGUCUGCACUUACCGCAACGACUCCACCACGCCCGCCUUUGACCGAGUGAAGGUGUACCACGAGAUCAUCAACCAGACCAACGGUUUCACCGAGAUGGGGCAAUACUAUCUGGAAAGAUACAGCCUCUACGUCAACGGUUAUCAUGAAGACCCGCCUGAAACAACCACUCUGCCCACACCUGCCCAAACAACAACCCCAAUUCCAGCGGUUGAACAAUUCACCGUCAAUUUCACCAUCACCAACCUCAAAUACAGGGAAGAGAUGGGACAACCCAAUUCUACAGUGUUCAACACAACGGAAAGAGCACUCAUCGCAGUGCUUGGCAGAUUCCUCAGCAACAGCAGCAUUGGCCCUGCGUAUCUGGGGUGCAGAGUGACUCAACUCAGACCAGUGAAGAACGGGCAUGAAACUGGAAUGGACGCCGUCUGCACUUACCGCAAUGACUCCACCAGCCCCGCCUUUGACCGAGUGAAGGUGUACCACGAGAUCGUCAACCAGACGGACAACUUCAGCAAGAUGGGGCCCUAUGAGGUGGAAAGAUACAGCCUCUACGUCAAUGGUUAUCAUGAAGACCCGCCUGAAACAACCACUCUGCCCACGCCUGCCCAAACAACAACCCCAAUUCCAGCGGUUGAACAAUUCACCGUCAAUUUCACCGUCACCAACCUCAAAUACAGGGAAGAGAUGGGACAACCCAAUUCUACAGUGUUCAACACAACGGAAAGAGCACUCAUCGCAGUGCUUGGCAGAUUCCUCAGCAACAGCAGCAUUGGCCCUGCGUAUCUGGGGUGCAGAGUGACUCAGCUCAGACCAGUGAAGAACGGGCAUGAAACUGGAAUGGACGCCGUCUGCACUUACCGCAAUGACUCCACCAGCCCCGCCUUUGACCGAGUGAAGGUGUACCACGAGAUCGUCAACCAGACGGACAACUUCAGCAAGAUGGGGCCCUAUGAGGUGGAAAGAUACAGCCUCUACGUCAAUGGUUAUCAUGAAGACCCUCCUGAAACAACCACUCUGCCCACGCCUGUCCAAACAAAAACCCCAAUUCCAGCGGUUGAACAAUUCACCGUCAAUUUCACCGUCGCCAACCUCAAGUACAGGGAAGAGAUGGGACAACCCAAUUCUACAGUGUUCAACACAACGGAAAGAGCACUCAUCGCAGUGCUUGGCAGAUUCCUCAGCAACAGCAGCAUUGGCCCUGCGUAUCUGGGGUGCAGAGUGACUCAACUCAGACCAGUGAAGAACGGGCAUGAAACUGGAAUGGACGCCGUCUGCACUUACCGCAAUGACUCCACCAGCCCCGCCUUUGACCGAGUGAAGGUGUACCACGAGAUCGUCAACCAGACGGACAACUUCAGCAAGAUGGGGCCCUAUGAGGUGGAAAGAUACAGCCUCUACGUCAAUGGUUAUCAUGAAGACCCGCCUGAAACAACCACUCUGCCCACACCUGCCCAAACAACAACCCCAAUUCCAGCGGUUGAACAAUUCACCGUCAAUUUCACCAUCACCAACCUCAAAUACAGGGAAGAGAUGGGACAACCCAAUUCUACAGUGUUCAACACAACGGAAAGAGCACUCAUCGCAGUGCUUGGCAGAUUCCUCAGCAACAGCAGCAUUGGCCCUGCGUAUCUGGGGUGCAGAGUGACUCAACUCAGACCAGUGAAGAACGGGCAUGAAACUGGAAUGGACGCCGUCUGCACUUACCGCAAUGACUCCACCAGCCCCGCCUUUGACCGAGUGAAGGUGUACCACGAGAUCGUCAACCAGACGGACAACUUCAGCAAGAUGGGGCCCUAUGAGGUGGAAAGAUACAGCCUCUACGUCAAUGGUUAUCAUGAAGACCCGCCUGAAACAACCACUCUGCCCACACCUGCCCAAACAACAACCCCAAUUCCAGCGGUUGAACAAUUCACCAUCAAUUUCACUGUCACCAACCUCAAGUACAGGGAAGAGAUGGGACAACCCAAUUCUACAGUGUUCAACACAACGGAAAGAGCACUCAUCGCAGUGACCAGUGAAGAACGGGCAUGA